UGGGGUAACAUUCGAAACGGCCGCCGCCAUGCGUGUCCUACAUGCGGAAUAUUAUUUCUCACUGGGGAACGCCGAGGUUUUUGCUGUGGGCCCAAUGGCUCUCGCUAUGCCGACGUCCCUUCGUUGCCGCCACUUCCUGAACAAUAUGGUAUAUUCCUCAACGAUCCUGAUAUAUCGUCGAAGUCGCGCAUUCUUAAUCUUAUCUUCUCGUUUGCGGCCCUCGAGACAACUCAUGCGUUUCCCGUAAAUGAUGGCCCUCGCGGGUUUGUUGCUGUAUGGGGUAGAGUAUACCAUCGA